GUGCUCUGAGUUUGGCUCCUCUUGUACAAUAAGAGCUCACGCAACUGAAUUCUUGAAAAUCUGUAUUACAUUAUUAUAUUACCACAUUAAAAAAUUCUAUUGUUUUUUUAAUAUAUUUUUUACCAAUUUACUUUUUCUUUUUAGCACUGACGAUGGCCGAUGAAUCGGGUGAGGGUGAAGAAACAGAAGACUAUUCGGUGUUUGAAAACAAGACCGGAUUAGCUGAGGACAUGAAGUUUCUUGCCAGCAUGCCAGAACUCUGUGACGUAACAUUUCUGGUUGGAGAUACACGUGAACCCGUUUGUGCAGUCAAAGCAGUCUUGGCAGCCAGAAGCAGAGUUUUCCAUAAGAUCUUGUAUGGGCAACAGCAGCAAACACCUUCAAAAGAAGCACUAGCAAAAAAAAGGGAGUCAACAAAAGAAACAAAAUUAAAAAUGUUCCUGAAACGUAGCAGCGAACCUAUUCUCAACAUUCAACUAUCUCAGGUUCCAAUGGGUGGCCAUCAAACCCUUAUCGUAGAAGAAUUCGAGCCAGAUGUCUUUCGGCAGUUAAUUGAAUACAUUCAUACAGGAUGUGUGACAUUACAAGCUAGAACCCUACUUGGUUUAAUGAAUGCUGCAGAUUACUAUGGUUUAGAUGAGCUGCGAAAAGCAUGUAUGGGAUUUGUUCAAGUUUGUAUCAAUGUAGAUACGGUAUGCGCCUUGCUCGCUUCAGCUGAAAAAUAUAUACAAUACAAGUGCACAAAAUCUUUAGUCCAAAAGGUCCUUGAGUUCGUCGAUUCUCAUGGAGAUGACGUUCUGAGCUUGGGAUCCUUCGCCUUACUGCCAGAGCAUGUUGUUCGCUUGAUUCUUUCUCGUGAAGAACUUCAAGCAGACGAGCUCGUCAAAUUCCAGGCCGCAGCUCACUGGAGUCGGAGGUUCUGUGAUGCUGAACCAGGCUCCGAUCUUAGGGAUGUUAUGUCUAAUUUUCUGGAAUGUAUAGAAUUUUACAAGAUACCCGCUGGAGUCCUGAUGAGAGAGGUCCAUCCUUUAGGCGUAGUACCAGAUCACGUUAUUAUGAAUGCACUCGCUUACCAAGCCGAUCCCUCAAGCGUCGACUUCCGAAAAGUUGGCUCACCCAACAGAUUCAGAAGAAUGUCUCUCAUGACUUUACCUAGCCAAGAAGCCGCAUCAUUGCUCACAGAAAAAGUAGCUUCUAUUCCAGAAAGCGGAGCUGAUUCGCCAACACCUUCACCAUCUACCACAACUGAAGGGUCCACACCAGAAGCUGAGAAAAAACCAGGUCGAUUCACCAAAUCAACUCGAAUGAAGUUAUACAGAAGAAGCAAAACUCUGGCCGAGAGUUAACCUUAAAGGUGAUUUGUAGCUUUGUUAUGGAUAGAAACUUAUCCAGCCUUUUUUUAAAAACACGAAAUACCAAAGCAUUACUUAGUAAAAUUUAAAA